AUGAGUGUCACCUUGUCGCCGAUUUACGCGCACUUUUCAGAGACCUUGACAGGCCUUGCUACCAUCCGAGCGUUCAGAGAUGAAGCAAGAUUCAAGCAGGAAAAUGAACACAGGCUGGAAAUCAACCAACGAGCAAACUUUUGUGGUAAGAAAAUUCGACUUCGGAAAGUUCUCGCAGCGACCAAAACAAUUUCACGCUCAGAGUCCUCAGCUUUUUCAGGUGGUCAUUAGUUGAGAGAGAAUUUUGGGACACACCCAAAAAACCGAGAAUGUUACUGUUAAAGUUGUUUGAAAUAGUUUCAUUGUAAUUAAAUCAUUGAAUCAUUCUUCUCAUCAGCUCUUGUGGCGUCACAGUGGUUAGGCUUAUUCUUACAGUUUAUUGGUGUUGCUAUGGUAACUGCAGUGGCGUUUAUUGCGGUGCUUGAGCAUCACUUCAGUACCGUUGAUCCAGGUGAGUGUUUUUCUUUGUGUGCAUGUACAGGUAGACUUCCUCGCAGAUCGUGAAGCCAUAGCUUUUAUUAGAUUCCAGUAGAAUCCUACAAUGUCCUAAAUGAGAACGUGGCGUUCUUCAGGGUAUGUCGUCAGUCCUUCAAUAGAGGAUAACGCUUCUUCAAACUCCAAAUGCGAGGUCUAAAUUCAGUUUUCUUAAUUUUACAUGUCCAUCCAGUUAUCGUAUUCCCAUACAGUGUGCCGCCUAUUGUCGUUCUGUGCUAUUUUCCGGAAGCGGCGUGGCUGAGAGGCCAGAGCGUUGAACCUGGAGGCACCAAGCCCAAUUCUCGCAACUGGAUUUCUCCUCGGUAGUCCUGAGUUCAAAUCCUCGCCCACGCCUGAAAGAUAGCCAACUGGUUCGCCUCCUACCGGAUGGAAAUCUUAACCUUGUUUCAGUUGUAUUGCUUGUUUCAUAAAAGCCCCACAAGGGUGAAGAUAUAUCCUUCUUGACUUUCUGUUACUUUGAGUCCCGGCGCUCUUCGUAGAGCACUGAUGUCCUGAGCUCGUUAACAUCCCUUAAACUGCGCGACUGUGUUGUGUAUUUAUGUUCUCCAUCAACUGUGAGGGGUCCUUUGAAUCUUGGCUACUCUUUUUAGAAUGAGUGAUUAUUAAGGGCUAGGCACACAGCCCAGAGGGGUACGCUACCCUCUUUCUUCCCACGACUCCGUGAAAUUUAAGAUGCCAUGGUGGUAACAUCCAAGUGGUAUUUAUUAUUAUAUUGCUCCGUAUGUGUUCCUCUAAAGGUCUGGUGGGUUUGGCAAUUUCGUACGCGCUGUCAGUCACGGACCACCUCUCAGCGAUGGUGACGUCAUUUACCGAAACUGAGAAACAGAUGGUGAGCGUGGAGCGAGCGGUCCAGUACAUUGAAGAUGUUCAGCCUGAAAUCAGUCCUAGUGGCACGGUUAGUAUAAAUAAUAAGUGGCUCGUUUUUACUUCCUGCAACCUCUUACUCCCUUGAACCUGGCUCAGACAGGAGAUGAUAAGAGUUAAAACGCUCUUAACCGUCUUGCGGUCAGUUCGAUUCUCUAGAUUCGCGCAUAAUUGCUUUAGAUAUCUCAUUUUCUUUGGUACAACAAUUCAGCGAGGCUCUUGCACCUGAUGCGAACAGAGCAAUGUCUUGUGAUUCUUGUGCGCCUCCAAAGCAUUUAAUGAACUCUUAUAUUUAUAUGACUUAAGGCGAAUUUUGUACUCUUGGUUACUCUCAAAGACUUCUCCCUCUCAUAUGUUCUUUUUAAUCUAUAGACAUUUGCGACGUCUUGUACAUGAUUAACUUAACUCUCAGAUAAACCCAUGAGUACUGAAACUAACGGCGCGCACGACUUGUACAGACUUCGCCCGCCCGCCCGUAUUUUAAAAUUAAAUUUUACUUUCAGGUCAUUUCCACUUGGCCAUCUCGUGGUCAGCUUACCUUCCAGAAAGUCAGCCUUGUUUAUCGGUAAGGGCACUCGAAAUCGUCGUAUAAUUAACUCUUUAAAAUUACCAUGACUAAUCUUAUAACUAAUACAUAAAUGAUGAAACAAAACCGCUGUAAUUGCGAAACGUUUUAACACAAUGGGUUAUUUCCCCUAAAUAGGUUUUGCUAAGCGCGAACGAAGAGCCCGCUUGAGACAUCGUCACGCAGAGAACGUGAAGCUGAGGCCAAGCCCACGAAAAAGUGCGAGACACUCGAUCCCAGCACCGUAAUACAUGUACAUGAAUCAGUUGCUUGCUACGUACGCUUAAUAAAUAGUGAAAACCCUGAGAUGUGCGCACUAGUUGUAUGAAGCGCGCAACAUUUCGUAUGAGCCAAAGUGCACUUGGCAUUUAGUUUUCGGCAUUUCUAAACGUUUAUGGCAAAUUGACUGUUCUAUCUAUCGUUACCGACUUGGGUACCAGAGAUUAUGUCUUAACUAUCUAAGUGUCAUAUUUACACAUCGAAAUGUGUGUUACCCAUUCCUCUGGAAUGCGCUCUCGUGGAAAAAGAUUCCCUAUUUAACUAUGUGAAAUUGUCUUUCUUUUGCUGUCUUUGUCCCGACAGAGUUGGUUUGCCUCGUGCUUUGCGCGGAGUUACAUUUUCAACAUAUGCAGGAGAAAAGGUAACGGGCAACUAUGUAGUACACCAAUAAAGAAAACAAUUAGUUUUCUUUACUGGAACGUUAGAGGCCGACUAGCAAAUUCAAUAUCAGAAUAAAGGACUCAUAUCAAUGGAGGUUUUUCCUUUUUGUAGCUUGGCAUUGUUGGCCGAACGGGAUCUGGCAAGUCUAGUCUCUUCCAAGUACUGUUUCGCAUGGUCAACAGAUUCGAAGGAGCUGUACUUCUAGACGGUAUCAGUUUGGCUUCUGUACCACUGAACAUUCUGAGGUUAGUAUUUCUGUGCCUGCCUAGUUUGAUGUGCUGCCUGUUUCUUAACUGUAACUGCCUCCGACUGUAAUGCAAGGUUAAAUAUCGUCUUCUUAGUUUUUGCGUCGACAAGGCGUUCCCCUUUAUCCCGUAUGAAACUUAAUCCUGUACGCUGCAAUCGUGUGGUACCCGACACCAACGAACCCUGUAUGUAUAUUUGGUUUCAAUUCUGGUGUCCUUGCACAGAAAAGAUUUCAGCACUUUUAUGAUGGCCUAAGUAGCUGGCCGUUUUCUUGUAUAGCGAUGAAGAUAAUUUUACGGUAAUUCCUCUCCCGGCUUCACCGCGAAUUUCUCUCGGCAAACGAAACCAUGCAACAGCUGUGCACGCUACGGUCCUGGUAGCGGUGCUCAGAAUACGGUUUAUUUUAUUUACCAGGUCGAUGAUGAUGAUGUUUUUCAUAAUUAUUUCCUAAUCUAAAUGUUUUUCAAUUAAUUUAUCUGAUCUUGAAAGGUAUGUGUCAUCUGUUUUUUCGUAGAUCGCGGUUGGCUAUUAUUCCUCAGGAUGCUUUUUUGUUUAGCGGUGGAGUGCGAAAUAAUCUUGACCCGUGGAGGAAGGUAAACUUUCACUGGAAAAAGGAAACACCAUAACACCAUAGCAUAAGAUAUGGAUUUGAAGUAGGGAGAGAAAAGGAAAUGAACUGUAAUACUAUGGCACUCAAGUAGGUUUGUGUUUAGUCUGUUCUUUUGCUUUGCUUUUCACAGCAUUCUGACUCGCAGUUAUGGACAGUUUUAGAUCGUUGUCACCUGGAACACGCUGUAAGACAACUCGGUAUGUUUACAACAUAGGGUUUUUGUUGACUUGUUUGUAAUCACGCAGUCUUCUGUGUAGGACCCUGGCAGAUUAAGUAAUUUGUGAGUGAAUCAUUCAUCAGCUAAUAAUGACAAAAGAGAGUGUUAUAUGUUUUGCGAGUACUGUUUCUUUAUAUAUUUUUUUUUGAGACUGCUAUUUCGUUAUAUGUUUUUAGACAAUUAUUUCGUAAGCUGCUCAUUAAUCGUCCAUAAUUCCAAGAAAAAAGAGUGUUUGAAAACUUAUAUGUACAAGACUUAGAGCGUAGUCUUUCGAAUCGGCUCUAAAGCGUUUAUACAAAACCUGAGUGAUCAGCUGAAUUUCAGUUCUUCACUGCUCUAUAUCUCUCCAGGGGGCCUGGACGCUGAUGUCGGUGAACGUGGCCGUAAUUUUUCAGUUGGUCAGCGGCAGCUCAUCUGUUUAGCCAGAGCUCUUUUGACACGAUCGAAGGUAAUUAAUUACUUUGGAGAAAAAUUCUGA